AUGUCUUCUCUCUCUGAUAGUCGAUGUCUAAUACUUUGUCUUUUCUCCCUUGUCGUCACUUACACUCUUCGCCAUAUAAGCCAUCAAAUCCACCAGCGCCAAGUUUCACAAGCAAAAGGCUGCAAAGAUGCUCAAUCCAAAGCCCCAGUCAAGGACCGAUUCAUCGGACUUGACUUUAUCUAUGAUUGCCUCUUCACAAAGCCUAUCGAAAAGUACCUCGAUUACACCUAUAAGACGUUCCAACAGCUGGGAUCUACCUACGUGUGCCAAAGAUGGACAUGGGAGGCGACCUAUACAUGUGACAGCCGGAAUAUUAAACACAUCCUGGCUUCUGGCUUCGCUGAAUUCAAGCUUCCCCGCCUUCGGGUCAAUGCCAUGAUGGGGCUUCUCGGAAGCGGCAUCUUUACCCUGAACGGACACUCGUGGUCACAUGCCAGAGCUGUCUUGCGACCUUGCUUCGCAAAGCAAAACAAAGAAGACAUGGUUAGCAUGCUCGAAACGCACUUCCAGGCCCUGCUUAGAAGAAUCCCUCUUGGUGGGGAGACUGUUGAUGUACAGCCGCUCUUCUUUUGGCUUACCAUGGACUUUGCGACACAUUUCCUCAUGGGCCACUCGACGCAUGUGCUUGAUCGCGCAUCGAGCCAUGCCAAAGAGAAGCAGUUUGUAGAUGACUACUUGACAUGCUCGACGGAGAUUGUUAGGAAGAUGCAACUCGGUCCACUUCAAAUAUUCUCCUUCAAUUUUGGGGCGAUGAGGGCACGGAGCCGUGUGUUCAAAUACAUUGACGAUUUCAUCAGCGUGUCUCUGGAUAAAGAAGGAGAAAAUGAUGACGCUACGAAUUCUGGACUCAAUGUUCUACAAGGUUUAGCAGCCCUGACAACAGAUCGGAAGCAGCUGAGAGAUCAGAUCCUCCAUAUACUCGUUGCAAGUCGAGAUACUACGGCUUGUCUCCUGAGCAAUUUGUUUUUUGUCUUGUCUAGGAAGCCACAUGUCUACGAAAGGUUGAGGCAAGAAGUUCUUUCAGUCGCAGGUACGGAACCAGCGACAAGCAAUCAGCUGAAUAGCAUGGAGUAUCUGAAGUGGUGUGUUCAAGAAUCUUUGAGACUCCAUCCUGUAAUCCCGACCAAUGCUCGCGAGGCCUCCAAAGACACGAUUCUCCCAUAUGGCGGUGGCAAAGACGGCAAUUCACCUCUUCUCAUCAAGAAAGGAAGUCUUGUCAUGUAUAAUACCUACGCCAUGCAUCGAGAUACAGAGGUUUUUGGACCUGAUGCUGAAGAAUUCGUGCCCGAGCGGUGGAAUGGACUCAGACCAGGCUGGGGAUAUCUGCCAUUUAACGGCGGACCGCGAAUCUGUAUCGGCCAAAAGUUUGCGCUCUUGGAAACUCAUUAUUUAGUAUCGAGAAUGGUACAGACUUUUGAGACGAUAAAGACGAAUAAAGAUACAGAAUGGGUCGAGCUCUAUGCCCUUGCAACAACUUGCAAGGAUGGAGUAAACGUCAGCCUUAAAAGAGCUUAA